CUAUUCGAGUGGGAUGAAUGUGCUUCGAAAGCUGCUGCGCUCCACUUCUCACACUUCACUAGCGCCAUGCCUUUUGUACACAUCGACCUGGUAAACAGCAAAAAAGAGAUUCGCAUUCUUACGCUCAUCUCAUCACACCCUCUAACUGGCCGACUGGAUGUUGUUCCUCUGGAUACAGAUCAACUAGAUUGCGUUGCACUGUCCUACACCUGGAACGACCCCAUAAAUGGAUGCCAAACGAAUGCAUUAGAGGUCGCGUACACUGAUCGCAUUGAGCUGGAUGGACAACCAUUGAAUAUAAAGCACAACUUGUGCUGUGCUCUUGAACAUCUGAUCGAGCGCAAUUUCGUACGGGUCUGGGCGGAUGCCAUAUGCAUCAAUCAGACAAACUCCGACGAGCGAAACAACCAAGUAGCAUUGAUGGGAAGCAUAUAUACCAAAGCAUCCAAAGUCAUAGUUUGGCUUGGAAGACGUUCAGCGAAUAGUGACUUGGCUAUGGAUCAUUUAAUGUCCUUGGCUAGAGUGAGCAAAGAAGAAAAUCAAUCUGCGGCCAUCUUAACAUUCGCGAACGCCAACUGUUUCGACGCCUGGCAAGCAUUACUCGACCUCCUGCAUCGAAAUUGGUGGAAACGGGCUUGGGUAAUCCAGGAAUUUGUGCUAGCGAAAACGAUAGAAAUCGCAUGCGGCGACCGCAUCCUCUUCGAAGAGCAACUCCUGCAGGCGCAGGAGAUUCUGGCAAAAUAUUGGUUUCUGUUGUUCCCUACAGAUGUCGUCCGGAGGACCGGGAUGACAAGUCGUGACCUGGAACGUAUGCUGAUAUUAGUGAGGAUCCGAACAUUUUGGCGCAGCGGGGGAGUGCCAGACAUUCUGGCUAUACUUCGCAUUACCAGGGAAUCAGUCGGUACAGAUUAUCGUGACCUACUGUUCGCGAAAUACGGGCUGAUGGACGAACACGCGAGAGCUUUGUUUGCUCCGGACUAUACGACUUCUUUUCAAACUGUCUUCAAGGAUUUCGCGCACUCUUACAUCCGACUUCGUUGUGACCUCUCGAUUUUGAGUUUUGCUGGCAUUUCGGAAUUUCAAAGACAAGAAAGGCUACCUUCCUGGGUGCCUCACUGGGGCCCGCAUAAGCCCGCAUAUCCUCUGCUUUGCUCCUGGGAAAACAACGAAGCGGAGUGGCCAGCGUAUAAAGCAGCUGGAUCGACUCUUCCUUCCGUGCAAGUGCUUUUAGAUGGCAAUGUUCUGCGUGCGGUAGGAUUUCUAGUGGAUUCAGUGGAUGGCAUGCAAUUUGAUCCGUGGUGCAUUCCUGGAAGCGGCGGUAUCCCAGAAGGUCGACAGUCGACGAGUACCAGAGCGGCAUUUUGUUCUUCGGCAGAGACCUUUGAGGCAUUGUAUCGCACACUCGUUGCAGACACCUGUCGUCGAGAACCUCCAUUGAAACCGUGUCAAGCUCUGCCUGAAUUCGGGCCACUUCUGGCUAAAGCUUUACAUGAUGCAGAGUUCAAUUUGAUGGAAUGGGAAGAGAGUUCAGAUCUACCAAUAUCAACACUUCAGGGUGCAUCCAAUAUCGAGAAAAGAUGGCAUGGUAUGCGACACCUCAAGGUCGGAGGAGUUUCACUCAGGGACAUUCUAAAGAACUCAUAUCAAUCAUACCUCGAUAGUCGAAAGAUUACAGAGCGGCGUUGUUCGGAGCUCCACUACUGGCAUGAGUUUGAACAUUCUCUUGGGCAAGCCAUGUACCACCGCAGAGUCUUUACGACAACACGUGGCCAUAUAGGCAUAGGUACGCGUAUAUUGAAGCCCAAAGAUCAAAUUAUUAUACUGAAAGGCUGCCCGAUACCAUUGAUAGUACGGCCUGUACCAUAUAGUGAGCUACAUGAGGUAGUUGGGGAAUGUUACAUACAUGGGAUUAUGUAUGAAGAGUGUGUCCAGCAACUAGACGAGUACGAUCCUGUUUCAUUUAGCUUUGUUUAA